UCCUCUCUUUCUCCCACGCGCAGGCGCAGCUUUGCUCUCGCUUCCCCAAUUCUGGAAACCCCCACCACCAAAUCGCGAGCUCGGGAAGCCAGCGCCGCGCCCCGCUCCGAUCAGAUCGGCGGCCGGCGCCACCGCCUCCGCUCCGUGCGGCCUCACCGGAAAGCUCCAGGUAGGCAGCUGUCAGGGUAUUUCACAAUAUAAAAUGCAAGGGGGAAGAGGCAGGAGGGAUGGUUUCUUUGGUUUUGGGGACCCCUUUCCAGGUUUGGGCAACUUUGGACCACCAGGGAGCCUGAUGCCGAGUUUCUUUGGUGGGGCAAAUCCCUUUGAUGAUCCUUUCUUUACAAACCCCUUCGGUUCUAUGAUGGGACCUAGCUUGCUUCAUCCAAGCAUGUUUGGGACCUUUGGGUCAAGUAUGUUUGGGCCUCAUGGAAAUGUCAAUGGAAUGAGCAAUAUGGGGGGCUUCCUUCAGCAAGCUCCUGAACCAAGCAUGCCGAGAGGGCCAAUAAUCAAGGAGUUAUCUUCAGAUGAUGAAGAUGGUGUUGAUGUUAAUAAAGAAGACGAGAAGAGGAAUGGUAACCCUCGGAAGCAUCCAAGGAUGGGCCAACUGCUAUACGUGGAGGAUCCUGACGAAGACACUGAAGACAAUAAAAGACCUAAGCAUGAGCAAUUUAGAAGGGAAUAUGUCGGAGCCAGCACAUCGCAUCCACAACCACAGACAUUUAUGUUUCAGAGCUCUACUGUUACGUAUGGUGGUCCAAAUGGAGCCUUUUACACGUCUUCAGCCACUAGGAGGAUUGGUGGAGAUGGAAUUACAUUUGAAGAAAGGAAGGAAACAGACACAACCACUGGUAAAGCCACUCACAAGAUCUCACGUGGCAUUCGCAAUAAGGGCCAUUCAUUAACAAGGAAACUGAGCUCUGAUGGGAAUGUUGACACCAUGCAAACUUUACACAACUUGAAUGAAGAUGAGCUUGCUCAAUUUGAGGAAUCGUGGCAGAGAAAUGCAGGGCAAAAUCUGUCUGGUUGGGAUCCAAGAGUGAACAUGCUUGCUAAUGGAAGUGUUCGUUCGGGCACCCGAGAUGAGAAUCGGAUGCUUGCGCUUCCAGCACCUGGCCCUGGUCAAUCCCGUGGCACCAGUUCCCAUAAGACGAAGAGGCCCUCCCAGAGCGUACAUUGGAAGGGUCCUUCCCGCCGCACUUAGUUCCCCAGUAGUAGUUGGCAAAUGAUAUCUGCUAGUAGCAUUAGUGGAGUACUUUUGUGCAAUACCGUUUGCAUCCUAAACAAAUGUAAUUCGUGCUCACCUCGGCAAAUGAUAUCUGUUAGUAUAGUACUCCCCAGUCUGAUUCUAUGCUGUUUCUAUGCUCAGCUUGCAUGCAGAGCUACACGGGAAAUGUAAGGAAAGCAACCUCAUUCACCUGCACACUAUCCAGGUUGGCCUCUGUAUGACCAAAAAAACUGUCACUCGCUGGACUAUGCAA